AUGUCAGGCCUCCGAUACCGCUCCUGGCGGGCUUUGGAGACGCUUCAACAUGCAGCAGCAUUUUCUCAAGCUUCUCGUACUAGAAUCAGCCCUUACCAGCCCUCCCAUCUCAUAACCAAGCGCGCAGUCACCUACAGCUCAACACGGUCCCAAAGCCCGACCAACACCAACAGCGCAACCAGCCAAGCAGCACGAACCACCUCAGCAACCUCCUCUCCCACAUCCACCUCCUCUCCCGCGUCCCGAGUCUCUGCACCAACCCCAAACCGCACGACAACGGAUAACAUCUCGAAGAGCGGCCUCUCUGAUAAGCCGCUCGAGCUCGAGGCCGCGCCGGAAGAAAAGAUCGACUGGACACGCUCGUUCCACGGUCUCUCAGCCGAGCCCUUCCCCAAAGAAGCAGCAGACAUUCUCCUUGCCGAAACUGACCCUGAAGAAGUGGAGAUCAAACCCGAUGGGAUCGUCUACCUCCCCGAGAUCAAGUACCGGCGCAUCCUGAACAGGGCGUUCGGGCCUGGUGGGUGGGGUCUCGUCCCGCGGAGCGAGAGCAUCGUUACGCCGAGGACUGUGACGAGAGAGUAUGCGCUUGUCUGCAAUGGCCGGCUCGUCUCCGUUGCUCGCGGCGAGCAGGAUUACUUCUCUCCCGACGGCAUUCCCACGGCCACCGAGGGGUGCAGGUCCAACGCACUGGUGCGGUGCUGCAAGGAUCUCGGCAUUGCGAGCGAGCUGUGGGAUCCGCGUUGGAUCCGGAAGUACAGGGCUAAGUACACGCGUGAGGUCUUCGUGGAGCAUAUAGUCAACAAGAAGAAAACGAAGAUCUGGACUCGUAAGGACGAUCCCGUUGGUUAUCCCUGGAAGGAGACCGGGAGUAAGUAG